CCAUGAUGACCGAGGGAAUCAUCCGUGCAGACGAACAUCCUAUGCAUCUUAUCACUCUCGCGCGUUUUAACCUCCUCCUUCUCGUCAAAUCCGGAAUCAAACCCAAGUAGUUCGUCUUCUCUCCUUGAUUCUGACGACUUAUCCACCGAUUACCCGAACUCGUCCCAGCAACGGCGGGGUGAAGUCGACCAAGCCUGCACAAGUCCUGUCCAACGUUGAAUACCGAGCAUCGCCUCAAUCCUGUGUUUUCCCACACCAUUUCCCACGGCGCGCGCCAGCCUUUUAAACAUCUUGGUCAUUCACGGGGUACAUCAGUGGAACAUGAACCCACAACCCGGCAGCCAGGGCGUGGCGGGGCGUCCCAAUGCUCCGAGUGCCCAGGCCGCCGGCGCCCCGAACCGACAGCAAGGACCCUUCCUAUACCGGCCCGAACAGAUGCGACAAAUCAGCAUUCUCAACGAAGACGAAAAGGUUAAGUACGAGAAAGGCCUUGCUGGCCUGUGGAAAAUCCAUGACAGCGCACUUCCCGGGUCUCAGCAACGACUGGACGCUGAGAAGAAGAUCUCCGACUUUGGCAAGAUGCUUAUGGGGAAGCUAAACCAGCGUCGCGCGAUGCUUCAGCAGCAACAACAGCAACAGCAGAACGCGCCGCAACAGCCGCUGCAGCAGCUACAGCAGCAACCACAACAGCAAGCGCAGCAACUGCAGCAACACCAACAACAACUACCGCAGCAGCCGUCUCUUCAGCAGCAGCCCGGCCAAGCUCAAGCUGCUCCGCAUGGACAGCAGGCCCCGGCCGCCCCAGCAGGCGGCGGGCAAUCCAGCAACAUGGCCAAUCCUGCUUCCCAGCCCCAUGCGUCAGGCGCCCAGGCGCCGCACCUGGCUGCUGCGACCGCCCAGGCGAGAUCGCUGCCUGGUCACAUCAUAAGUCACCUCAACGAGAUGCAGUUCCAAGCGCCGGCCGAUGUACAAAACAAGGCAAAAUGGCUCGAGGAAAUCCGGCAGAAAUACGCCAGGGCACUCUACUCGAUGGACAACGCCCGCAGCGCGACCAAGACGAUCGAGAAGACGCUGCAGGAUAAUCCAUCGCUGCCCCCGGAGGAGAGAAAGAAACUGGAGGAGCGCAAGGCGCAGCUUCACAAGCAGUACCAGGACGCCAUCACGUUUGCCAACGCGGUCAGGAAACAGUAUGGCGGCGGCAACCAGAUGUCCGCGCAGAAUGGAGCCACAGGCGCCGGUGUUGCCAACCAGGCACGUCCGCAGACUUCAGGGCCCCAAGGGGUGGCUCAACCUGCCGCGCAGGGAGUGGGCAAUGGGGCACCGGUCGCUGCUUCUACAAGUCCAAUGCAGAGCUCCACAGCUGCCGUGAAUGCCGCCAUUGAGGCUGCCAAAAAGCAGUCAAUGGCAGCUAGUCGCGUGCCGGGUGUGGUGAACGCGCUUCCCGCGCAACCCGGCCCGUCACCGCAGUCGCAGGUCCAAGCUCCGGCGACACCAGCACAGGCGCAACCCUCUUCAGUCGCUCAAGCGCCUCCGGCACAGCCUGUCCAACAGACACAGCCAGCGCAGCAACUUCAGCAACCACCGAUCAAAAUCGAGCCCGGCACACAACCGCUGCCGGCGCCUCUCAACACUGCCAUCGCAGCAGCAGCUGGCGGAAUUCCUUCGGCUGGAACACCGACACAGAAUUCGGCUCGCCUUCAAACGCCCCAAUCGGCGACGCCCACAACUGCAAACGCGAACAUUCGACCUCUCACGCACGCUGCUGCCGUCAAUCUGGCGUCUCAGCCGCGGCCCGGAGGCGUCCCUCCAACCCCGACAGCCGCGCCCGGAAUCGGUCCCGCCUCAGGAACGCUCGGCGGAAUCGGCGCAUCGCAACAACAGCAAGGACACUCGCACGCGCACCCGGCGCAACAGCAACAGCAGCCCACUGCGCACAAUCUCCAGUCCAAACUGCCGAUUCCCAAAGUGCUCCACGAAAAAGCCGGGCAAAUGCCGACUCCGGUCCCUAACAUUGGCGGCAUUGGCAGCACCCCCCGCCCCACAUACAGCGGCGGCGGCGGCAUCGGCGGCGGCGUCAUGAACCAGCCCGUCCUGCCCAAGACGCCGGCCUUCCAGCUUGAAGGCGAAGGCGAGCGCAUUCUCAACAAGAAGAAGCUGGAUGAGCUGGUGCGCCAGGUUUGUGGUGGUACGGCGGAGGGCCAGGAAGGGAAUUUGUUGACUCCGGAGGUGGAGGAGUCCGUCCUCAAUAUGGCUGAUUCCUUCGUCGACAACGUGCUGCACCAGGCCUGCCGCAACGCCAAGGAGCGCGGCUCCAAGGUGCUCGAGAUCCGCGACAUCCAGCUCGUGCUGGAGCGCACCUACAACAUCCGCAUCCCCGGCUACUCUAGCGAAGAGCUGAGGACGGUGCGCAAGGUGCAGCCCAACAGCUCGUGGAUCAAGAAGAUGAGCGCCGUGCAGGCCGCCAAGGUUGUCCCUGGCAAGGGUGAUAUUUGACAGUCUGUCCCUCUUUGUCUUAUAUCUUGUACCUCGGCAUGCUUUGCUAUUGAUCACAAGGCUGAGGCGGUAUGGAACCGGCGUAAGGGAAGCUGGCGCUUGAGCUCCGAGCGGGAUGGAUGAAUCGAUGAAUAUGCUAUUUCACACCGUGAGGGACUUGGCGUUUAGGGGUGGAAGGGAAUACAGGGCUACCACGAGACCAUAGGACAGGAGGAGACCAAUAAUUCAAGCGGCGUUUAUUUACUUUGGCGACUUGGCGUUUUGAGGUGAGACUUGGGUCAGAUAUCUUACUGGCUUAUUGGCAGGGCUCUGGACGCCGUUCUAUCCCUACGUUGGGUGACGUGAUAGCCCUGUGCUCCAAGGCGCAGAGCAG